CUCUCUCUCUCUCUCUGUGUCUGAGCAUUCUCCGGGUUUCCUUGUUCUCUACGAGAACCACUCUCGUCUCGUACAAUAGCGUUUUUUCUUCUUUUCUAAUUUCUAAAUCUUCUGGUAUCUAUUUCUAUUUUUGGAGAUCGCGCCGCUAAGCUCUCGCGAUCCUCGCUUGCUCUUCGGGAAUUAGGGUUAGGGUUCCGGGAUCUUUCUGCGGGGGCAUGCAGAUGGAGAGCUCCCGCAGAUCCGCCACGGACCGCUCCCGAGAGCCGGGCUUGAAGAGACCUCGAUUAGUGGAGGAUGACCGCGGCUUCUCCACCAGCCGAGACCGUCCGUUCCCACCGCCGAAGGCCGGCAGCCAGCCGCUGGCCCCGAGGCUGAGGGCGGGCAGCGAGAGGGAGAUGGUGGAAAGGGAGGACGCGCCGAGGGGAGAAUCUUAUCAGCAGCAGCAAGAGCUCGUGGCGCAGUACAAGACCGCGCUGGCCGAACUGACGUUCAAUUCAAAGCCUAUCAUCACGAAUCUAACCAUCAUCGCAGGAGAGAAUCGCCAUGCUGCUAAGGAAAUCGCGGCCACUAUCUGUGCCAAUGUUCUCGAGGUUCCCAGUGAACAGAAGUUGCCAUCCCUUUAUCUCCUUGAUAGUAUUGUGAAGAAUAUUGGAAGAGAGUACAUUAAAUAUUUUGCUGCAAGAUUACCUGAGGUAUUUUGCAGGGCCUAUAAACAUGUUGAUUCUUCUGUACAUCCUAGUAUGCGACAUCUUUUUGGAACAUGGAAAGGAGUCUUUCCCUCUGCUAUGCUUCAUAUAAUUGAGAAUGAACUUGGCUUCUCAGCUGUCGUGAAUGGUUCAUCUGGAUCUGCAUCAUCGAGGCCUGAUUCUCAGACACAGCGUCCGCCCUACAGCAUUCAUGUGAAUCCAAAAUAUUUAGAAGCAAGACAGCGUCUUCAACAGUCAACUAGCGCAAAGGAAAUAAUCAAUGAUGACAUCAGUGGUGCGGUUAAUUCCAUUGAUGCAGAGAGGUCUGACAAAGCAGCAAUUAUUGGAAGCACAAGGCAAUGGAAUAAUGUGCCUAACAGAAUGCCUAAUAUGUGGCCUCAAAGGGAACUGAUAAACAACCCCAUUCAUGAGAGAAAAGAAUUCAGAGGUCAUGAGUUUUCUUCUGAUAUUACGCGGCAGUCGGAUCUUGGAGUUGGAAGGGUAAGUGAGAGGCUUAAAGAGCGAGAUGUACUUGACAAACCAUAUCAUGGUGCUCGCAUAAAUGCUUCUGAAAUGCGCAUCAGCAGAAGCAAUGGCUUUGAUGCUAAUCAUGCUUAUGGAGUAUACCGAGCAUCUGGAUCUGCACGUGUAGAUGGUCAGCUGCCUUCAGUUCACCUGAACAAUAUUGAUAGAAGUAUCCAACUAACAUCUAAGAACUGGAAGAAUUCCGAGGAGGAAGAGUAUAUGUGGGAUGACAUGAAUUCCGGAGCAAUUGAUUCUGAAAGUACUGAUAACCUAAUAAAAGGCGGGUGGAGUACUAAUGAUGCAAAUAAACCUGCAUGUUUGCAGAAAGUCAAGUGGAUGCCUCCAGAGCCCGAGCAUCUGGGCUCUUAUUUGAACAAAAUUGACUCUUUAUCUCAAUUGAGGAAGACCUCUGGACAGGAAGGCAGAGUUCCACCACUUAAGGAACCUGAAGAGCUUCCACAGCCCCAUACCAAGCAUGAUGCUGAGUCAAGAGUAGGUGUGGGAACUUCAGCAGAUGCACUAUACAUGGGGCGAGAUGCUUUGGAGCAUCCUACCUCCAUUUGGGCCUCACAUGAGGUUUCACCCUCAAUGAUUGGAGUGAAUCAUACAAGCUCAAGAAUUUCUAGUCAGUCCGAAGGACAGCCUAUUUCUUUUAGUGGUGGUUUAUCUAUGAGCAUGGGUUCAUCUUUAGUUUCAGGAUCAAGUGGAAUGCUUGGGCAGCAAAGACAGCAACUGUUGCAGCCUCCAUCAUCAUCUGCACAUUCACCUCCAUCUUCUGCAGUCCUUCAACAUCAGAAAUCACAAAGUUCAAUGGAUCAUGAUCUUCUUCGAUCUAAUUCCUUCUUUCCCAUGGGUCAAAAACCUACACGUGUUCCAGAUCAGUUGAGUCAAGUCCUACAGGCAUCAGUAACUCAGGAUUCUUUUCCUAUUUCAGGCCAAAAUCAUACUCAGCAUUCUAAUACUUCACUGAACUCACAGCUACCCUCAUCACAUCCUUCUCAACACCUGCAAAGCUUGUCUGCUUCUGCUUCAGCACCUUUUGGUCAGCUUAGGCAUCACCUUCCCUUCUUGCAGCAAUCAGGGUCUAGUCUAUCAGUGCAAGAGACACAAACACAGUCUCAAACUUCCCAUCAGACCAAGAAAUCACCACCUCUACCCCAGAGUUUUGGAUCUCAUCAGAUAGAACUUUCUGGAACAAACAAUUCAAAUAAUCCUGCUGUUGAACUCAGUGGCCAACCUAGCACAACUAAUUUAUUGGCUGCUAUUAUGAACAGUGGACUUGUACCAAACAAUACGAUGAGUAAUUUCCAGAACCCGAACAUACAGCCUCCCCUACCUAGCGGACCUCCUCCUAGUCUAGUUGCAACAUCAUCUGUUCCUUCUGUCGCUUCCUCUUCAAUAUCACUACCAUUGUCCCAUGGCAAUAUAUCAACUCUUGUGCCACCCUCUACGGGACUCAUUCUUCCUCCCCUACCACCUGGGCCUCCACCUCCCUCAUCCUUGGUGCGUACCACCAAAGAGACCUCCAACAUAGCUAGUCUCACUACGAAUCCACUUUCAUGUCUUCUGAGCUCAUUAGUUGAAAAGGGUUUGAUAUCCUCACCAGCAACAGAUUUACCAGCUGCAACUUCAGUUCAGCUGCCCAAUGAACUGGCAAAUCAGAGUAGUGGCUUUGCUAACAGCAUCUCAAAGUGUGAACUUUCAACCGUAGGUAGUUCAAUCAUUCCUUCAGUAGCAGCAAAAGGGCCUUCUGCCACUGAAUCAGAUGCUCCAACAAGUUCUGCAUUGGUACAAUCCACUACAAGAUUGAACGACCUUUUAGGCAUUGAGUUCACGCCAGAGAUCAUACGCAAAUUUCAUCCUGAUGUGAUCAGUAGCCUCUUUGAUGACCUAGAGCAUCGGUGCAACAUAUGUGGCCUAAGAUUCAGACUUAAAGAGCAAUUCCAUGGUCACUUCGAUUGGCAUGGCUCAAAGAAGUCUGAACUGAGCUGUUUCAACAGAGUUUCUCGAAAGUGGUAUGUGAAUUUGAGUAGUUGGCUCUCUGGAUGUGUGGGACCACAAGCUGGGCCAGUGGAGUCAACAAUUUCUCUGGAUGAGAUUGUCCCAAUGGAUGAGCAAUACGAGCCAGCAGUUCCUGCAGAUGAAAGCCAAUGCAUAUGUGCAUUAUGCGGAGAACCAUUUGAAGAUGUUUAUUCUACUGAAAGGGAUGAAUGGAUGUACAAAGGAACAGUGUAUUUGAAUCUACCAAAUGAGCAAAGUGACAUGGAAAAAAUGGAUGAGUCUGCUGGACAGGUUCCUAUUGUGCAUGCCAGCUGUAUAUCAAGAAGCUCAGCUGAUAGCAUGGAGGCUGCAAAAGACUAGGCGUGCUGGACAGAUAUCGAUAUUCCAAAACCAAAAGAAAAAGAUUGUAUCAAUUUUUGUGCUGCAGUUCCGGGCAUUGCUGGGACGGAGUUGCUCGACAUAUUACAUGUGCGUGCCAUCAGGGCUUUUUUUGUUUGUGCGUGAGAGCGAGAAACAGAUCUCCUUUUAUUCCUUCUAUGUUCUCUCGUUGUCUUGUAGUCUUAAAAGAAAUGGAUAAUAAAUAGGCCAGCUUUGUUUUCUUCCCUUGUAUAAUGUUGCUUGUACGUGGUUUCCACCUGUUGUCGUGGUUUCGUCUAAAUAGGCUGUGCAUUUCACUUCAGACUCAGGUGGAGCAAAAGAAAGAGAACCGCAGUAAGGCUAUGAAUAAUCUAGCUUUCAAGUUCGAUUCACCAUGUUCUUUGGCUGCAUGUCUCUUAAUGGUGUAACUACUUCAGCACUGGUGCGAGGUGACUCGCAAGCUUCCCGUAAUUUUCUUCGUCUUCGCUCAAGAUUGCCUUUUGUUAGAGGGACGCGAUGUAAACUUUUUUCCUGCAUAAACUGUACUCAUAUUGUUAUCUCACAGGUACUGCAUGUAUCCUGUCAUAUUAAUAUAAUUCAUUUGGAUCGAGUUUGUUUUGGCU